AUGUUCGGCACGUCGACUGGUCCCCAGACCGGUAUCAAUACCCCUCGAUCCUCUCAGUCCCUCCGCCCUCUCAUCCUUUCGCAUGGCUCCCUCGAGUUCUCAUUCCUCGUUCCUACUUCGCUUCACUUUCAUGCAUCGCAGUUGAAAGACAGCUUCACUGCCUCCCUACCGGAGCCUACAGACGAAUUGGCCCAAGAUGAUGAGCCUUCAUCAGUGACCGAAUUGGUCGCACGUUACAUCGGCCAUGUGGCCCACGAACUCGAUGAGGAAGAUGAUGCACAGGGUAGCUUUAUGGAUGUGUUGAAACUCGUUAUGAAUGAAUUUGAGCGUGCCUUCAUGCGCGGCAAUGAUGUUCACGCCGUGGCAGCUGCGCUCCCCGGCAUCGUCGAUAAGAAGAACCAGGUCGUCCAGGCCUAUUACGCGGGGCGAGCUGCGGCGGGCCGGCCCACCAAGCCCUAUGACUCGGCCUUGUUCCGUGCAGCAUCCGAUGAGGCUGCGGGUAUCUACUCUGUGUUCGGUGGUCAGGGCAACAUUGAGGAGUAUUUUGAUGAAUUGCGCAGCAUCUACACUACGUACCCUUCAUUUGUCGAAGAUCUCAUCACCUCAUCCGCCGAAUUGCUUGAAUCGCUCUCCCACGAGCCCGAGGCUAGCAAGCUCUACCCCAAGGGGUUGGAUAUCAUGCAAUGGCUCCAAGACCGGGACGCACAGCCCGAUAUCGAUUAUCUGGUUUCCGCUCCCGUCAGUCUGCCAUUGAUUGGAUUGGUCCAGCUGGCCCAUUACACGGUUACCUGCAAAGUGCUGGGUCGCCAGCCUGGUGAUAUCCUAGAACGAUUCCUUGGUACCACAGGUCACUCUCAGGGAGUGGUAACAGCCGCCGCCAUUGCUACCGCUACUAGCUGGGAGUCCUUUGCCACAGCCGCCCGGAAUGCUCUGACCAUGCUGUUCUGGAUUGGUCUGCGCAGUCAGCAGGCCUAUCCCCGCACCUCUAUCGCCCCCUCUGUUCUCCAGGACUCGAUUGAGAAUGGCGAAGGGAGCCCCACCCCCAUGUUGUCCAUCCGUGACCUUUCGCUUUCCGCCGUUCAGGAGCACAUUGAUGCAACAAACCAACAUUUGCCCGAGGAUCGCCACAUUGCUAUCUCGCUGGUGAACAGUGCUCGCAACUUUGUGGUUACUGGUCCCCCCAUCUCGCUUUACGGUCUCAAUGUUCGGUUGCGCAAAGUCAAAGCCCCCACUGGACUCGACCAGAACCGUGUGCCUUUCACCCAGCGCAAGGUUCGCUUUGUCAACCGCUUCCUUCCCAUCACUGCUCCCUUCCACAGCCAGUAUUUGGAGUCUGCCUACGAUCACAUUCUCGAGGAUUUGGAGGAUGUUGUUGAGAUCUCCGCCAAGUCUCUGGAGAUCCCUGUCUUCCAUACAAAGACUGGAGAGGACCUGCGUCAACUAGGCGACAAGGACAUUGUGCCCUCAUUGGUUCGCAUGAUCACUCAUGAUGCGGUUAACUGGGAGCAAGCCACCGUCUUCCCCCGUGCAACUCACAUCUUGGACUUCGGACCGGGUGGCAUCUCUGGUCUCGGCGUUCUGACCAACAGGAACAAGGAUGGCACUGGUGUUCGAGUCAUUCUCGCUGGUGAGAUGGACGGUACCAACGCAGAGGUUGGCUACAAGCCGGAACUCUUUGAUCGUGACGAGGAUUCCGUCAAGUUUGCUGUAGACUGGGUCAAGGAACAUGGCCCUCGUCUCACAAAGACUUCCUCUGGCCAAAUCUAUGUUGACACCAAGAUGAGUCGCCUGUUGGGUAUCCCUCCCGUCAUGGUCGCUGGUAUGACACCCACUACCGUUGCCUGGGACUUUGUGGCUGCCACUAUGAACGCUGGCUAUCACAUCGAGCUGGGUGGUGGUGGCUACUACAACGCCAAGACAAUGACCGAGGCCAUCACAAAGAUUGAGAAGACGAUCCCGCCCGGUCGCGGUAUCACCAUCAACCUGAUCUACGUCAAUCCCCGUGCGAUGGCCUGGCAGAUUCCGUUGAUUGGUCGUUUGCGCUCCGAGGGCGUGCCGAUUGAAGGUCUGACCAUCGGUGCCGGUGUACCAUCUAUUGAAGUUGCCAAUGAAUACAUCGAAACCCUCGGUAUCAAGCACAUUGCCUUCAAGCCCGGCUCCGUCGAUGCGAUUCAGCAGGUCAUCAAUAUCGCCAAGGCUAACCCCAAGUUCCCUGUCAUCCUUCAGUGGACUGGUGGCCGUGGUGGUGGUCACCACUCCUUCGAGGACUUCCACCAGCCUGUGCUCCAGAUGUACAGCCGUAUCCGCAAGCAGGACAACAUCGUGCUUGUUGCUGGCAGUGGCUUCGGUGGCUCGGAGGACACUUACCCCUACCUUUCUGGUGCUUGGUCCGCCAAGUAUGGCUAUCCUCCUAUGCCUUUUGACGGCUGUCUCUUUGGAUCUCGUAUGAUGAUCGCCAAGGAGGCACACACAUCUUACAAUGCCAAGAAGGCGAUCGCCGAUGCUCCCGGUGUGGACGAUGAGGAAUGGGAGAAGACCUACCAGAAGCCAACCGGUGGUAUCAUCACUGUUCUCUCUGAAAUGGGUGAGCCUAUCCACAAGCUGGCAACUCGCGGUGUGCUGUUUUGGCAGGAGAUGGAUCAAAAGAUCUUCAAGCUGGACAAGGCCAAGCGUCUUCCUGAGCUGAAGAAGCAGCGCAAUUACAUCAUCAAGAAGCUGAAUGAUGACUUCCACAAGGUCUGGUUCGGUCGCAAUGCUGCGGGUCAGACUGUGGAUCUUGAGGACAUGACUUAUGCUGAGGUUGUUCACCGCAUGGUCGAUCUCAUGUACAUCAAGCACGAGUCGCGAUGGAUCGAUCCUUCUCUGCAGCGCUUGACCGGUGACUUCCUCCGUCGUGUUGAGGAGCGUUUCACAACUGCUGAGGGCCAGGCAUCGCAUCUCCAAAGUUACUCGGACCUUGACACUCCUUACCCAGCUGUUGACAACAUUUUGGCUGCUUACCCUGAGGCUGCCAAUCAGCUCAUCAACGCACAGGAUGUGCAGCACUUCCUGCUGCUCUGCCAGAGACGCGGUCAGAAGCCCGUUCCCUUCGUCCCUGUUCUGGAUGAGAACUUUGAGUUCUUCUUCAAGAAGGAUUCUCUGUGGCAAAGUGAGGACCUUGAGGCCGUUGUUGACCAGGACGUUGGCCGUACCUGUAUUCUUCAGGGCCCCAUGGCUGCCCGUUUCUCGAAUAUCAUUGAUGAGCCCGUUAAGGACAUUCUUGAUGGUGUUCACCAGGGACACAUCGCUGGCCUUCUGCGUGAUGUCUACGGUGGCGAUAGUUCCAAGAUCCCUGUCAUUGAGUACUUUGGUGGGCAGCUCAUGAACACUAGCGAGGAGGAGUUCGACGGCUUGGUUAUCUCGGAAGAGCCUCUCAAGACCAGCUUCCGUUUGUCUUCAACCGGACCCCUGCCAGACUUGGACCGCUGGCUCGGUCUUCUCGCCGGCAAUGUCUACUCCUGGAGACACGCUCUCUUCCUGGCCGAUGUCUAUGUUCAGGGCCACCGCUUCCAGACCAACCCCAUGAAGCGGAUCGUGGCCCCCACCGCAGGCAUGUAUGUGGAAGUAUCCAAUCCCAACGAUCCUUCGAAGACUGUCAUCAGUGUGCGUGAACCCUACCAGUCUGGCAAGCUGGUCAAGACUGUCGAGGCCAAGAUGAACCAGAACGGGCAGAUCAGCUUGACCUUGUUUGAGGGACGCACUGCUGAGAACGGUGUGGUGCCUUUGAACUUCUUGUUCACCUACCACCCAGAGACUGGAUACGCCCCCAUCCGCGAGGUCAUGGAUGACCGCAACGAUCGGAUCAAGGAGUUCUACUACCGGAUCUGGUUCGGCAACAAGGACGUGCCCUUUGACACACCCACUACCGCUACCUUCAGCGGUGGCCAAAAGACCAUCACUUCCCAGGAUGUUGCCGACUUUGUUCAUGCAGUUGGCAACACUGGUGAGGCCUUCGUUGAUCGUCCUGGCAAGGAAGUCUUCGCCCCCAUGGACUUCGCCAUCGUUGCCGGCUGGCAGGCAAUCACCAAGCCCAUCUUCCCUCGCACCAUCGACGGAGAUCUGCUGAAGCUUGUUCACUUGUCUAACGGGUUCCAAAUGGUGCCCGGUGCCGAGCCCCUCAAGGUGGGUGAUGUCCUGGACACCACCGCCCAGAUCAACUCCGUCAUCAACCAGGAUUCCGGCAAGAUGGUAGAGGUUUGCGGCACCAUCAAGCGAGACAACAAAGCCAUCAUGCAUGUGACCAGUCAGUUCCUCUACCGCGGUGCCUACACCGACUUUGAGAACACCUUCCAGCGCAAGGAUGAGGUGCCCAUGCAGGUUCACCUCGCCACCAGCCGGGAUGUCGCCAUCCUCCGCUCCAAGGAAUGGUUCCGCAUGGAUGACUCUGACACCGAGCUACUCGGUCAGACUUUGACCUUCCGAUUGCAGAGUUUGAUCCGUUUCAAGGACUCCACAGUCUUCAGCAACGUCCAGACGGUUGGACAAGCUCUUCUUGAGCUUCCCACCAAGGAGGUCAUCCAAGUCGCCUCUGUUGAAUAUGAGGCUGGUGACUCUCACGGUAACCCCGUCAUUGACUAUCUGCAACGUAAUGGUACUUCCAUUGAACAGCCUGUCUACUUCGAGAACCCGAUCCCGCUCAGUGGCAAGACUGCUUUGGAAUUGCGUGCCCCGGCCUCCAACGAGACCUAUGCUCGCGUGUCUGGUGAUUACAACCCCAUCCACGUGUCCCGGGUCUUCUCCAGCUACGCCAAUCUUCCUGGCACCAUUACACAUGGCAUGUACAGCAGUGCCGCUGUUCGCAGCCUUGUCGAGACCUGGGCCGCCGAGAACAACAUCGGCCGUGUUCGCGGCUUCCAAGUCUCGCUGGUCGGCAUGGUUCUACCGAACGACAUGAUCACUGUCAAGCUGCAGCAUGUCGGUAUGAUCGCCGGUCGCAAGAUUAUCAAGGUUGAAGCCAGCAACAAGGAGACAGAAGAGAAGGUCUUGCAGGGUGAGGCAGAGGUUGAGCAGCCAGUCACUUCCUACGUUUUCACUGGCCAAGGCUCCCAGGAGCAAGGCAUGGGUAUGGAGCUGUAUGGCUCCAGUCCCGUGGCCCAGGAGGUCUGGGACCGGGCUGAUCGUCACUUCAUUGAGAACUAUGGUCUUUCUAUCAUCGACAUCGUCAAGAACAACCCCAAGGAGCUGACAGUCUACUUUGGUGGUCCUCGGGGUAAGGCCAUUCGUGAGAACUACAUGGCAAUGACCUUCGAGUCGGUCAACGCAGACGGCUCGAUCAAAUCUGAGAAGAUCUUCAAGGAGGUUGAUGAGAACACUGCCUCGUACACCUACCGCUCUCCCACUGGUCUCCUUUCCGCCACCCAGUUCACUCAGCCAGCCUUGACCCUGAUGGAGAAGGCCAGCUUCGAGGACAUGCGCGCCAAGGGUCUGGUUCAGCGGGACAGCAGCUUCGCUGGACACUCUCUUGGUGAAUACUCGGCUCUGGCCGCUCUGGCCGACGUUAUGCCCAUUGAGAGCUUGGUUUCCGUCGUCUUCUACCGCGGUCUGACCAUGCAAGUCGCUGUCGAGCGUGACGCACAGGGUCGCUCCAACUACUCCAUGUGCGCUGUCAACCCCAGCCGUAUCUCCAAGACUUUCAACGAGCCGGCGUUGCAGUAUGUCGUUGAGAACAUCUCAGAGACUACCGGGUGGCUGCUGGAGAUUGUCAACUACAACGUUGCCAACAUGCAAUACGUUGCUGCCGGUGACCUCCGCGCUCUCGACUGUCUCACCAACCUGCUGAACUUCCUGAAGGCUCAGAACAUUGACAUCCCUGCUCUCAUGGAGAGCAUGUCUCUCGAAGAUGUCAAGGAACACCUCGUCAGCAUCAUUCAGGAAUGUGUGAAGCAGACCGAGGCCAAGCCCCGUCCUAUCGUCCUGGAGCGUGGUUUCGCUACCAUUCCCCUCAAGGGUAUCGACGUGCCCUUCCACAGCACCUUCUUGCGCUCUGGUGUCAAGCCCUUCCGUUCUUUCUUGCUGAAGAAAAUCAACAAGACUACCAUCGAUCCCAGCAAGUUGAUCGGCAAGUACAUUCCCAAUGUCACGGCCCGUCCCUUCGAGAUCACCAAGGAAUACUUCGAGGACGUGUACAGACUUACCAACUCGCCCCGCAUUGCCUCCAUCUUGGCCAACUGGGACAAGUACGAAGAGGGCAACGAGAAUGUUGCCAAAUAA